UGAUGACGACAGAGAAAACUUAGAUCGAUCGAAACUUAGAUAGAUUCUUGUUUUAAUCGAGCGAGAUUAAAACAAGAACUCAAAGAGAAAAGAAACACUGCGACCGAACUCCAACAACAACAACAACGUCUCAGCGACUUCACCUCGAAAGUCACAGAACAAAGUCUGAAGCUGUGCAGAGAGGGUCUUUACUCUCAGAGGAGAUGUCCUCCCAGGUCAGACUGAGGCUGCUGCCGAGCGCCAGGUGUUUGUUCGAUGAGCCCGUUCAGGUGAAGGUGGCUGGGCUGAGGUCGAGGCAGGUGGUCACCAUGAGAGCCAGGUCGAUGGACGAGAGAGGGGAGGCGUUCAGCUCCUCGGCCACCUACAGGGCUGAUGGGAGCGGGGAGAUCGACCUGGACAGAGACCCCUCACUCAGAGGGAGCUACGUCGGGGUUGAACCCAUGGGCCUGCUGUGGUCGCUGAAGGCGGACUCCUUACACAAAUACUUUUACAAGAACAAAGCGCUGAGCCCGCAUGUGGUGAAGUUCUCUGUGCAUGAGGAGGAGGACGCAGAGGAGGGCAGGAUGCUGGCAGAGGCGACCAAUGAGAGGGUUCUGAUUGGAGAGGGGGUCAGCCGGCGUCGCAUCAAAGAAGGGAAUUUUCAAGGAGUCCUGUUUACUCCCCCAGGUGAGGGUCCGUUCCCUGCUGUGUUGGAUCUGUGCACCUUUAUGUCUGAGAAAAGAGCCUGUCUCUUGGCCAACAAAGGGUUUGUAGUCCUGGCUGUAGCGGUGUACAUCGACAAGCCUGACAACAACAAAGAGAUGUACCUGGACCACUUUGAAGAGGCAGUGGAUUUCUUACGACGACAGCCUAAGGUGGGCAGCAAAGGAGUUGGUGUAGUAUCUCGAUCAAAGGGAGCAGACAUCGCGCUCUCACUUGCUUCUUUUGUGUCAGGUGUUGAGGCCACAGUGUGGAUUAACGGCUGCAGCGCCAAUGUGGCCGUUCCUCUCUUCUAUAAGAACCGGCAGAUCCUCUCACCAUUACUGUUUGACUUCAGCAAGGUCAUUCCCACUGAAUCAGGUGCCAGUAAUAUAAGGUAUGGUAUGCACAAUCCUCUGGCAGAGGAGAACAGGGGCAGCCUGGUUCCCAUUGAACAAGCCAAGGGACGUUUCCUGUUUGUGGCCUCAGAUGACGACCUCAACUGGGACAGCAAGGGUUACAUGGAGGAGAUGGUGGAGAGAUUGAAGCAUCAUGGGAAGAAAAAUUUUGAUUGUGUGAGUUACCCUAGAGCUGGACACUUACUGGAGCCGCCUUAUGGACCCUACUGCCCCUCUGCUUUACAUGGGCUCCUUAGCUUUCCGGUUGUGUGGGGGGGUGAGCCCAAGGUCCAUGCAGAAGCUGAAGUCCACCUGUGGAAGAAGAUCCAGGAGUUCUUCAGAACUCACCUGAGCUGUGAUGCUGCACAGACUAAAGCCAAGUUAUAGACUCAAAUAAGAUGAAAGGAAAGAUUUAGGAACAAGUAACAACAUUAGAGCAUGAUGGCUGCAUUUAAUCAAAGAUAACUGCUCUAUUAAUGACAGCAUGGCUGUAUGAUGAGGAUGAUGAUGGUUUAAUGUUCUGUAUUGAAUGGAACAAUUUGAUAUUUGACUGAUGUUUGAUUAUAUCAUGUAUUGGCAGGCUUAUCAUUUAAAAGGGAAAAUAAUGACAGGAUGUAUGUACUGUAGUUCAAAAUAAACUGAAAAAAUGGGAA